GUGAUCUGACAGCCAGGACCCAUCACAGCUCUACAGUGCGCAUGCGCAGUCUGUACAGUGUGGUUGAUGGUCCAUCGACUUGUGUGUUUGUCUGAGCCCCGGGAACCCGAUCAGCUGCACUUUUCUGUGUGUGUGUUAGUGCAGCUGCACGGUUUACAGCUCGAGGGAUAUUAUUGGAGCUCGUCGUUAUAAAUAUGUCUACAAACAAAGUGAAGAAAGUGAAAAUGGCCACCAAAUCAUGCCCGGAGUGUGACCAACAGAUUCCUGUGGCUUGUAAAUCCUGUCAUUGUGGCUACGUCUUCAUAAGCCGAAAGCUUCUCAAUGCCAAAUUAAAUGAGAGGUCUCCAGUAAUGGACAAUGUGGAGGCAAAGAGAAGACGAACAGAAAGAAUCAGAAAAGAGAAGAUCAACUUAACCUCUACCAGUGAUAUGGAAAACAGGAGAGGACCCCGUUCCAGCAGUCAGUCAGAUCCCAUUCGCAGAGGACGAGGCAGACCCAAAACUGUUGGGCUGAAGAAGCAGGAGGAAGAAAAAGAGAAACAAGAAAAGGAGGUAGACAUUUACGCCAACCUCUCCGAUGAGAAGGCUUUUGUGUUCUCAGUGGCCUUGGCUGAGAUUAACCGCAAAAUUCUGGGCCAGAGACUCAUCCUGUAGCAGGCGUUGGGAACGGUUGCAGCUAAAACUCAGGACUAUUACUACGUGUGCGUCCCAUAUGUCCGUUUAAAAGCGGGUGGGAAACUCUGACCCGGAAAGACUUAAACCCCUGCGUGUGUGGCCGAAGCUCAGUGGUGCUCCCGUGAAUCGGUGGGGUUUCAUUCAGACGGCCGGUUUGUGUAUGAGGAGACAUGAGUGAGAAGUGGUGUAAUGAUAAGUGGUGUAGGAGUCGAUCUAUUUUAAUGGCAAUUUUACGGAAUGUUCUAAAUGUUGCUACCAGUCGUUUCUUAAAAUGUCAAGCUUUUUAUUGGGGGACAGUGGGUUCACCAAAAGAGCAAUUUAUGUGCAAAUUAUGACUGGUGCCAUUAUUCAGACUGGGAUCUACUCAAAUAUUUAGGUGCCAGUGAACCAUAUUUCAUAAUUAAUCUAACGGGAGCUGAAGCCAAGGAAAUGCCGGAUUAAUGGUUAUUUAUUAUGCCUGAAACACUUUAAUUUAAGUGCGUUUUUUUUUUACCUUUUGGUAUUGUUUUAUGAAUGGUAACAGCAUACAUGUGUAAAAUUCAUCCUGUAUAAAUAUAUAUAUUAAAUUCAAUUGCAUUUAAACUUGUGGUUUUAUUUUUAGGGGAAGUUAAUUGCUUCCAUUCCUUCUCAUACGUCAUCAUCCCUUCUUUUAAGAUGGAUUUGGAGCAGGAAAAAUGCCUAUGGCGGCUCGUAGAGAGAGCUCAUAUUUCAGCUGUCUUCUAAAACUCUACUCAAACUCAAUCACUUUGUUUCAGUUCUUCACAGGCAGUAUUUCACCAUGAGCAGGGAUCCAGACUCAAAUGUGUUGAAUAAAAUGCAUGCGGAUUGUCCUGAUAUUAAAUGAAAAUGUAAUGUUUGGUAUUUAUAUAACAUUAUUAUUUACAAGGAGCCUAGACCAUGUUGAACAUGUUGUAUUCCACCUCAGUUCGGAUCGUGUUCACUUCCCUUCGAGAGCAGCAUCCGCAGACAGUCUUUUUUCCCAAAGCUUCAUCCCCAAGCAACAACUCUCCUCAGAGAAUCAGACUGCUGUGGUUUCCACAGAGAUGACGGAUCACCGGCUCUAGAUUCUCUUUUAGAUGUGUCACUGACUUGACCCCAGUAACCUUUGGGAUUCUUAAAGGGCAUGUUAAGGAAUAAUUAAUAUUGUAAAGCAUGUCUACUUAAUAGUACACACUAUGUCUCUUUGGUCAUUUGAUCAAGAAACCAAAACAAAUGGGCCAAAUUUGGGAGUAUUGUGGGAGUUUGAAAAAAAAAAUAGAGCCUUAAAAAACUGUAGAAUAAAAUUUAUGAAUGAUUAAACAAUGAGGUGUGUAACAAUAAAAGUGUGAAAUGAGCAGAAACCGCAACUGUAAGGGGAGACAUGUGAAGAGAUAAACGCUGCAUUUAUCUUCACGUACAUGACACAAGGGUUGAUGAGUUGCACCAGUUUCAGGAGAAUAACCAGUGGGGAUUUUUGCUUGUGGCAAUGUUUUUCUGUGUGAUUAUUAAAAAGCUGAAACUGUUAUCAUAUCUGCUUUCGUGGGUUUCGGUGACAUGAUGAUGUAAUGAGUCACUGUUGUUGGUGUUUUUAGUCUGAAUGGUUUUAAGGUGAACGGCAGACGGCGUGUCUUUCUGUGGUGGUGGUGGUGACGAGGGCCUGAUCUUGUUUGGCACUGAUUCUUAGCUCCCAGUGGACAUCCUCAGUGCGAAUCACAAUCUCUGGCACUUUACCUGGAGGACAGGAAUAAA